AUUUACUGUCGAUUCCGGAUCCCCAUACGCUGAUCAAUUUUCGGCAAAAAAUGAGAAGCUAACGAGACAAGAAUUUAUCAAAUCCACGCUUCUUUUGGACAGGGCCGCCACUUAAGCAAAUCAUUAAGUAAAAAAGACUCUAAAAAAACUAACCAGAAUUGCGUUUUUCAUCGGAAAUCUCAAUUAAUCAAUAAGUAACAAGUAACCGGAAUGACAAGCGCCGUAGAAUGGAGCAAUCUCCUGUUUUACACCGGCCCGCGUUUCCUUGCCAUUACCUACAGCAAUCGUCGCGUUAGAUCUGGUUCUGUCACCACAGCCUGUUAUAUGCACCGCCUUACGGUACUCGCCCGCUUGCAGUAGAAGAUAGACCAGAUUACUCAGUGAUGUACAAUUCGACCAACACAUCCCGCGAGUAUGUCUUCACGCCCGCGGGACUUCCCGUGAAGAUGUCCCUGACUGUGAUCCAGGUGCUGUUUGGUGGGUUCGCUGUGGUUGCCAAUGGCACGUACAUCUAUCUAAGGCGUAAGAUGAAAAGAAAGUCUCACCACGUGUUUAGUAGGUCUAUGACGUCAUACUUCACGCAAAGUCUGGCCUGGUCUAACGUACUUUGUUGCGUCAUCUCCCUCCCGCUCGUCCUCGUCCAGUAUUUCGUGGACGUGUUCCAGAACGACUUCGGUUGUCGCGCCGUCAGAUUCUUCCAGUUCGUCUUUCCUGUGGUUACAAUGUUUAAUCUCGUCGUGAUUGGCGUGGAGCGGUAUAUGGCAACCUUUCACCCGUUCCUAGUCCCCACCGAGCGCAUCACACGACGCCGAGUUAUCGCAGCGUGGGGGGUAGGGGUGGUAGUAACCCUCAUCCCAAUCCCCACAUUCGGGGGGGUCCCUUUCGAUAUCGAUGAAGGCACCUACACCAUCAUUUGCAAGUACAACAACGACGUGGCGGUGUACCGAGUGAUGUUCCUCACCUUCAACCUUGUGGUGUACUUCAUCCCGUCCAUCGCCCUUACCAUCAUCUCUUACCGCAUCCGCCGAUACAUGACCAGUAACCGCUUCGUGGCCCACAAUAGACAGUGCACUAUACGGACUAACUCGUGGCGGUUCCAGGGUACGCGCAUGUUCUCUACGCUCAUCUUGGCUUUUAUCUUACCCUACAUGCUGUACAUGGUCUACUCGGCCGUCAACAUGAUCCUGAGGCCCGUGCUCAGCUUCACAACAGAUUACAUUAUAAGGUACACGUCGGGGGUGCUGGCGUAUGGUAACGCCGCCCUCAGUCCUAUCAUCGUGUUCACCAACAUGCGUGACGUUCGCCAGACGCUCAUGGAUUCUCUGAGAAAGCUCACUCGCAAUCGCCGCAACGCCGUGCACACCUCCCCGGAAACAUGGACAGAGGAGAGGUCGCUUAGCCGGCACAGGGAGCCCAAUUAUAUGGUUCACGACAGGGUUCCCAAUGUGCACUUUGUGCGACCAAACACUGUUUCACUAAAUGUGACAGAAGUGUAUGAUUUGGCUUAAAAUGUAACACUUAAGUUUCUGCCAACCUCGUUCCCAUAGUUUUUUGUUUAUUUUUAUCAAUAAGACCCGU